CUUAAUUUAGAUUCUAAGGUUGGAUUUGACAAUCAUGAGUGACGACUAUGAACGUGUGCUAUGUGCUAAAAAUGAAGUUUUUGUGUAUAAAAUACCACCAAGGCAAAGUAGUAGAGGAUAUCGCGCUUCUGAUUGGAAGCUUGAUCAACCAGAUUGGACUGCAAGGUUGAGAAUUGUUUUACUUAAUGCAAAAGUUUAUAUAAAAUUUGAAGAUAGAAAUUCAGGGGAACUUUUUGCACAGGCUCCAAUAGAUCAGUACCCAGGUCCUGUUGUUGAAGCAGUCUCUGACAGCAGUAGAUACUUUGUCAUCAAAAUUCAAGAUGAAAGUGGCAGACAUGCAUUUAUUGGCAUGGGAUUUACAGACAGGGGAGAUUCAUUUGACUUCAAUGUUGCUCUUCAAGAUCAUUUUAAGCGUGAGAAAAAUGAGAAUGACAUUUUAACAAGUCCUUCAGUACCAGACACUCCGCUUAAUCUUGGAUUCAAGGAAGGGCAAACAAUAAAAAUAAAUUUUGGAAACAAAAAAGCAGAUGAUUCGAAAUCUCGACCAAAAAUUGGAAACAAUAGCAGUUCAUUUCCAAUGGCACCUGGAAUUCCAAAAAUAGCACCACCUUCACAAACAGCUAGCUUUGUUUCAGACAAGACAUCAAAACCACAGCAGCCAAUACAGAGUUCAAAACCUCAGUCACAGCAGCCUAUGAAUUCGAAUGACUGGGGCGAUUUUGCUUCUUUUACAAAUACACAGAAAAAAGAUACAAAUGUGCCGAACAAUGGAAGUGGUUGGGUCCAGUUCUAGCUCAUUUGUAAUUAAACUAUUGUUUGGUAAUUUUCAUCAACUUUUUAUACUUGAAUGAAAUGUGAUACCUACUACCUAAGUAUAUACAGAUUUCUUCUGUUUAAAACCGUUGAAAAGUGAACAAAUUUUUGUUUUACUUAACAAUUUUACCUAUUUAUAUAGAUCACUAUCAAUAUAUAUAUAUAUAUAUAU